UCAAGCACACACGGCAUUGUUCUCUCCACGGUAGUAAUAAUACCGGCUAAGCAAUUAUCAGGUAAUCAUUGUCAACCAAUGAGCUCUUAUUUUGUGAACUCAUUCUGCGGUCGCUACCCAAAUGGCGCGGACUAUCCGUUACAUAACUAUGGAGAUCACGGCUCGAGCGACCAAUACCGGGACUCUACGGGCAUGCAUUCCAGCAGGUAUGGCUACGGAUACAAUGGAAUGGAUCUCAGCACCGGCCGCUCCACGACUGGCCACUUCGUCUCCUCCGGUGAACGGGCUCAGAGCUACAGUCAGAGCCCAACGGCGACGCCUGUCGAUGCCCGGUACAGUCAACCGAUCACAGCGAGCAGCGCUGCUACCCAGUCACCUCCCCCUGACCCGCUCGCGUGCUCUUCAGUCGACAGUUCUCCCGUUAGCGAGCCCGCGCACCGCGCCCUGAAAAACUCCAUGCCGAAUUCUACCGGCUCCACGUCCAACGGCACUGGCGCGGUGCUGGGCUGUGAGGACGUCCCCAAAACGUGCAACAGCAUGGAGGAAGAGAAGCCGACGGGAAGUGCGCAGACGACUACACAGAGUGUGUCCGACACAUCCCAGCCACAGAUAUACCCUUGGAUGCGAAAACUUCAUCUAAGUCACGACUUGGCUGGGCCGGAGGGAAAGAGGGCGAGGACAGCCUACACGCGCUACCAGACCCUCGAGCUGGAGAAGGAGUUCCACUUCAACCGCUACCUGACCCGACGCCGGCGGAUAGAAAUCGCGCACGCGCUCUGCCUCUCAGAACGACAAAUCAAAAUCUGGUUUCAGAACCGGAGGAUGAAAUGGAAAAAGGACAACAAGCUGAAGAGCAUGAGCAUGGCGGCUGCGGGGGGUGUUUACAGGCCCUGAGCGUGUACAUGUUAAUGUGUGUGUGUGUGU